AUGGAACCUGACCGCGAUUUGGAAACUCUAGAGUCGGGAAUUGCAACCCUACGUAUUUCCGAAAAACCCCUGGUGCAACAAAAUUUGCCAUCGCCGAGACUUAUCACCCCCGCCUCGGCUUCGGCAUUUUCUGAUUCCUGUAUCGCCGUCUCCGAAAGCUGGACAGCAUUACUGAGGCAAACAUCAUUGCCGGAUAAUAUUCCCAGCUCAGACCCCCGCAUAUCUGCUGCCUUCAUGGCAGUAAACGAAGCUAUCAACAGUGGCUCUUGUUUUCUUUCGAGGCUUGGAUGGGUAGAACUCUUCUGCUUGAUUAGAUUGGUCGAGAAUGUGUCGAGAAAUGAAAGACGACUUGAUUUAGUGGAGCGGGCACCUGGGUACGGCAACGCAAGCAUUGCGGCCGACCUAUAUAUGCGCAUCCACAAUUGCCCUAGAAGAGUAGCCCACGAGCGUAAACGAAGGGCCAAGCGUUGGUCAGAGCUCGCUGGUCCGUCACCACUGUUACUCUUGGUGUUUUCUGCGGCCGCAAACUCUGUAGUGUCUGGUGCGCCCAGCUUCGAAUGUCUAAACUAUUGCCCAUCCCGAUGGGGCUUAGUACCAUUGCCGCCUCACAACGGCGGCCGUUCGAGGGUCGCUUUCUUUCAAUUCCCCGGCCUAGCCUACGACUCUCGCACUUCAGGAUCUACAGCAGAACGUGCAAGCCGCCUAUCUUAUGCUCGACUCUCUGAAGGUCUUAAAGCCGGUGCGAGAGAUGAACUGCCAUUAACAUGCUACAUAACCCAAGUUCCAACUGGGUAUUCUUUGUCCGUCACAGAAACCCGCAGCAAUAUUUGA